AUGUAUAAUGGAAUAGGUCUCACAACUCCGCGUGGAAGUGGUACAAACGGAUAUGUCGUACGCAACCUAUCGGUCUUGCGCGUUCACGACUCGGCUGCAGAGAGAGCAAGUGCUUGGGAUGUAGCGCCUCCGAAACAUAGGGAACCAGAUGCAGAAAUUCUGGAGCAUGAGCGGAAGCGCAAGGUCGAAGUCAAAUGUCUCGAAUUGCAGCUGGAGUUGGAGGAGAAAGGCGUUGAGGAAGAUAAAAUCGAGGAGCAAGUCAACCAGCUCCGCACAAAACUGCUGGCGGAUCUGAAUGCGACGAGCAUCGACGCGAAAGGGCUGAAGCCGUCAGACACCCAUGGCAUUGCCGCAGCAAAGAAGGCCGAGUUGAGCAAGAUGGCACGGGCGUUGGGCACGCGGAGCGACUACAUGGAGGGUGAGGCGUUCGACAGGGAGAAACAAGAAGAGAAGAAGAUGCGGCGUUUGGCAGAGCGAGAGGAAAGAGACAGGCAACGGGAGGAGGAACGAGAGAGGAUGCAGGUGCAGAAGGAGAAGUGGGAGGCCGAGAGAAAGGAGAGGGACCGUCUGCGGAGGAGGGAAGAGGACAGAAGGAGAAAAGAGCGGGAGGAGGAGAUGAAGAGGAGAGAGCGCAUGCCACCGCCUCCGUUACCACCCUCAAGAGACAGAGACAGGGAUAGGGAUCGCAAUUACCGCGACCACAGAGACAGGCGCAGCAGGAGUCCUGUUUUACGUCGCAGCCCGCCUCGGGACAGAGACUACCGACGCCCCCCUUCGAGAUCACCGUCUUCACCUCCACGCAGCCGUCACCUCACCUCUCUCUCUCGCUCACCUCCUCCAGUACCCUCGCGCCGCCCUGCUUCAAGAUCGCCGUCUCCACCGCCGCCCCCACGCAAUCGACGUCGUUUCGAGUCACGCUCUCCGUCGCCUCCCGUACGCUAUCGUCGCUCAGGUUCAGUCGAGCCCCCAUCACGUGGCGAGAGGGGUGCGCCUGUGUUUGGGUCUCUCCCUCCUCAUCCCCCUUUGAGUACGGAUUUGGACGACGAGCGGGAUCGCUCGAGGUCUCCUCCUCCGCAUUUGCGCCGGGAUCGUCGUCGCUCACCGUCGAGGUCUUCUUCUCGCUCUCCAGUGCCGCGCGAAGACUCGCCCAAGCGAGGACGGAGUGUCAAGAGUUAUUCACGUUCCCCAUCACCCAUGCCACAGGACGACCGUUCGCCUCCGCGUCGACGCGGGCGGUCGGCGUCAACGGCCUUGGACAACUUUGGCGGGUGCAGGUCAGGCAUGCAUCGUAUUGCACGCUCUGCGGGGCAAGUUGCCUGCCGCAAUCGCAGGAUCGCGAGCAUCCGCUUCUCAUCAUCUCUCUCAGAGCACACGUCUCGCGCUGCCCCCGCGCUGCCCCCCGCGCCAAGCACCCGAUUCACUGCCGUCUCCCACUCGGAGGAUGCAUCUAGUGUUCCCCCGAGCGUGAAAGCCCUUCUGGCUAGGUCGGAAGCGUACAUCUUGCCGGUAUACGCCCGCCCGCCUUUUGUUCUCGCGCGCGGCAAGGGGGCGUAUGUCUGGGAUACACAGGACCGCAAGUACCUUGAUUUCAGUGCGGGCAUCGCGGUUAACGCUUUGGGACAUGCCGACGAGGAACUCGCGAAGGUCAUGGCAGCGGAGGCCGCGAAACUGAUGCACACCAGCAACGUCUACCACCACCAGUGGGCGGGCAAGCUCGCCGAGCUCCUCGUGACCCUCACACAACGCGAAGGCGGGCUCGGCUGGGAGCGGGGCUCGGCACACCCAUCCAGCGGCUCGAGCAGCGGCGCCAAAGUAUUUUUCGCGAACUCGGGGACAGAGGCGAACGAGGGCGCGCUGAAGUGCGCGCGGAAGGUAGGCAAGCUGCGCUGGGCGGCCACCACGGGCAAGUCAUGGGACGACCCCGCGUGCGACAAGUACGAAUUCGUGUGCUUCCGGAGCGCGUUCCACGGGCGGUCCAUGGGCGCGCUGAGCGUCACGCCUAACGCGAAAUACCAGGACCCGUUCGCUCCUCUAAUUCCCGGGGUGAAGGUGGGCCGGCUGAACGUGGCAGACGACCUGGAGGAGUUGAUCAGCGACAAGACGUGUGCGGUGAUUGUCGAGCCGGUACAGGGCGAAGGCGGCAUCCACCCUGCAGAUGUGGAGUGGCUGCGCUUGCUCAGGAAGAAGUGCGACGAGGCGGGCGCGGUGCUGAUUUAUGAUGAAAUUCAGUGUGGGCUUUACAGGACGGGAACUCUUUGGGCUCAUUCGUCGAUGCCCGUGGGUGCGCAUCCUGACGUGGUAACAAUGGCGAAGCCGCUUGCGAAUGGGUAUCCUAUCGGCGCAGUUCUGAUGCGAGAUUCUGUGGCAGAACCCAUGACUAUAGGCGCACACGGUACGACAUUCGGCGGGUCACCACUUGCAUGCGCACUGGGAUAUCACGUUCUGUCGCGCAUGUCAGAGCCCGAAUUCGUGGCGAAUAUCGCGGAGACAAGCUCGUAUUUGCGUGGACGGCUGAGCCUUCUACCAAAGUGGUUCCCCGACAUCCUCCUGCCAGAGGUGCGUGGGCGGGGGCUAAUUUUUGGGCUGGGCUUCAAGGACCCGAGCGAUCCAGCAAAAUUGGUCGGUAUGGCACGACAGCGGGGGGUGCUGUUACUGACGGCGGGCAGAGACGCUGUACGGCUUGUUCCGAGUCUGAAUAUUGCAAAGGCCGAGGUUGACCUGGCGAUGGAGGUGGUGGAGAGCUGUCUGCACGUGUUGCAGAACGAGUGA